AGCAUCCACCCCCAAUGCCCCGAUAAUGCCCUUAUAACCGUGCAAAUCAUCCAAGCUACCAUCCAAGCUACAUAUCCGUGAAUGUUGACAACCUUUUCCCCUAUCCACCUUGUCAAAUCUUUAUCCCCUAUCGCACAGCAGCCAUGUUUGACGAUCUAGAGUUAAAUGUCGUUUCCUACACUCUCAUUGCCCUGGUACUGGGCUUGAUGAUCCUACCCGCCAUCUUCCAGAAGGACCCUGAUAUACACCCCAUGAUCCUGAACCGUCAAUCCAACGUGUCUCCUGUCCGUAAUCCUAAAGAAAGCGCCGUUCAUAGAUCCACUUUGUCUCCACCAGGUUAUCCCCUCGUUUCCGGGCUUGGAUUGCCUACGGAUAAGAAAUACCGAACCCGUGAUGGUGAUAUUAGGGAUGUUUGGAACCAGGCAGUCAAGGAAGGCAAAGGCAAAGUUCUAAGUGUCAAAGGAUCUGAGGUUAAGGAGCUUGAUAUCGACCAGCUAACGCAGAAUAUUCACUCCUUGGGAUCUUACAUCAAGAGCAUUCCCGGCGCUAAGAGGAUCGCUAUUUACCUUGCGAAUGAUGUUGAGAAUCUUGUGGCUUCUUUUGCUUGCGCGUUCUACGACCUGACUCUCAUCACACUUCCAUUUGACCCCAGGGGUCCUCCGGAUGUUACAUCUCUUCUAAACCGUUCAAAGGCCGAUGUACUCAUUGCGCCAGCUGGUGAUCUUGCUCUCAACGACCUCAAUGGCGCCAAAAAUAUCAAGGAAAUUAUCUGGGUAGUUGAACCAGGGUCUCAGCACCUUAAUUGGGCCAGCCCAAAUGGAAACAAGUCUUCUGUUUAUCAUGAUGUGAUCAAGAUGCCUAGUACUGGCGCUGGAGACGUGGAUUUGGAUGGUCCCGCAGUCAUUGUGUUUGGUCCAAAAUACGCUGGCGAAGAGAGAAGAAUUGAAAUGGCUGAGUUCAACCAUAAACAAAUUAUUGCUGGUGUCGCUUCUACAAUUGCUUCUGUCAAGCCCGGCCCAGAAACACUCAAGACGGAUGAUGUCUUUGUCCCAGUUGACACUCUAUCGGAUAUCUAUACCCGUAUCUUUACUUAUGCAGCGCUUACGAGUGGUACAACAGUUGCACUGAAUCCUAUUGCUGGUACCCACGCAGACCUUGAGCUUUGCGUCAAACACGUUCGUCCUACAGUCAUUGUUGCUUCCACCUCUACCCUCGCAGAUACCGUUUCUAUUACGGCGGGUUCGCGAAUGGAGAUCUGGCACAAUAUCCUACACUACUUCCAAUGUCGUACCCUCGAAUCUGGUCGUAUUCCAAAAGGCAACGCUCUUAUUCGCUUUAAUGAUUACACCCGCCCGAAUGUUGGCCAACCGUCCCGCCUCCGUCUGGUCUUUAGCGCAGAGACGGCCGGCGAUCUCGAUUCCCACCCGCUUAAUUCUGAGGACCUCAACGAUUUAAGAGUGUACUUCGGGGCCAGAGUUGUUUACGGACUGAAGCAUCACAUGGUCGCAGGCCCAAUCAACCAACAACAUGUCUACGAUUAUAGAGUACAGCCACAGACACCAAAGCCAAGCAAGAAGAAGGAAAUUCCAAGAAAAUGCGCACAUUUCGGUGGCGUCACGCCAGGAUGCGAGGUUUUCACUAGGGAUUGGAAUAUCUUUAAGGCCAGCGAUGCAGGUGGCAGCAGAGGGGAGAUUGUUGUAAGAGGGCCUACUGUUAUCGGGGGAGAGGCUCCACUGGGCGUCGUAGGGAAGUGGUGGCCAGAUGGUGUCCUGAGUUAUGUGUAAGCGCUUGUGUUCGUGUGGGGAGGACAUCAUCAGCGGGGUUUUCCUUAUUCUUUAUUAACAAAUUUAAGCCAAAAAUUGUCUAUUAGCUGGUUCUUUAAGUUUAGUCAACGGCAUGAAAUCAGUGG